AUGGUAGAUGAAGAAUUACAUUUUAAAACUGUUUUGAGGAGGAAGAAUGCUGCAAAUGAAGAGUUGUAUAAUUUGGUUAAAACUCACAUGAUUCAUGGCCCGUGUAGAUUUGCAAAUCGAUCUUCGCCGUGCAUGAAAGAUGGAAAAUGUUCUAAAUAUUUUCCAAAACAGUUUCAGCCCGAAACAAUUGUUGAUCAAGAUGGGUUUCCGGUAUAUAGAAGAAGGGACAAUGGACAUACAGUUCUUAAGAAUGGAAUUCAAGUCGAUAACCGGAAUGUUGUUCCAUACAAUGCAAAGUUGUUGACAAAGUACCAAGCUCACAUAAACAUGGAAUGGUGCAAUCAAAGGACAUCGAUUAAGUACUUAUUCAAGUACAUCAACAAAGGUUACGACAGAAUUACCGCUGCCAUUGUACCGAAUGAUGAUGGAACUUCCAACCAGCCGCAGAAUAUUGAUGAGAUCAAACAGUAUAUUGAUUGUAGGUACGUUUCUAAUAUAUCACUUGAAAUAUGA